CUCUUUCUCACAUAUUCCCCCAAUUUCGUGUUUUGGUCUUCCGUUGAAAUCGAUGGUAAUUUAGGGCUAUAAUAAUGAUCCGAUUUACUCGUUUUCUGGUUAUGCUUCUUUGAAAUUCGAGCAAUUCAAUCUUCUUCAUCCAUUGUUUCGAUCACUGUACUUUGAGAUUUUGUGGUGUGGAGCUGAAUCGAGUUGAGUUUUUUUUUUUUGGGAGGGGAAUUAGGGAUUUUGGUUUUGGUGGCGGUGGGAAAUCGAAGGGCAUCGCAUCUUUACGAUGCAUUCGGUGUCGCCUUUUCUAUUUGAUCUGUUGACUUUACCUCAAGCUGCUUCUUUCUAUGGAGUUUUGUGUUCUCAUCGUUUGAAGCCUUGGCGUAAUAGUUUUAGUUAACGUUUAAUUUCAUCUUCGUCUGUUUUCUUUUUCUUCUGUUGUUGCUGUUUCAGUUGUGAUCUUGCUGGUUUUCUGUUUCUUUCGAGGGGAUUUUUCAGCUGUUUCACAUCUUUUUCCGAGUAGUUGUAGUCGAAUCUGGUGGAAGUUUGCGUGAUUUUGCUAUACAUCGACAUACUGAAAGAUUUUUGCUGCUCUCUUUAAUUGAUGGCCGUUUGUUCUGCUACUUACAAGUGUGACUCUGAAAGUUUAAGUUGCUUUUGUGAGUCAUCAAAGGAGACUCUUGGUUCCGCUUCUUGCUAUCCAGGAGGUCCUUUUGUUAGUGAUCUUGGGUACCAUUUCACUGAAUCUCUGAGUAUUAAGGAUGGUGAAGACUUGAUUUACAAGGAACAUUCCAACACAUUGGAGGAAGAUGGAACUGAAGAUAUGCAUGCAAAUGAUGCUGACACUGGCAGUACGGACUCAGAGAAAUGCUUGAUCAAGUCCUCAGAAUUUCCAUGCUCUUCUAUGAGCACUCCCCCUGCUGAGUUGGUUCAUGAGAAGGAGCAGGAGGCUGAUGCUAAAUCAACUGACUUGCCUUAUUCACGUUCCAUAUCUUCACCUACAGCUUUGAAGCUUGUAUCUGCCAUUAAAGGUAGCCGUGAGAAACAAGGCAAGCCACCCAAGAAGCUGUCUGUGACAUGGGCUCCCGAUGUGUAUGACCCUAUCCCAACAGCAGCUUCGCAUGUGCCAAUCAAGGGGCAACGCCACAGGAGUGACCACAGGAAGAAUGGAAAGAGCAAGCAGAAAAGUAAUGGCAAAUCUUCACGUGGAAGCAAAGGUAAAGACAAGAAACAAGGUCGCAAACAUGGUGGAAGUACCAGGAGGAGUUAUUAUCCUCUAGAGGAUAAGGACAUAAUGAGUUGUAAUCGCUUUCACUGUCUGGAGGAUGAAAUUACUGCUCAUUCUAGUGGGCUGCAGGCUGGUGCCAUGGAUUAUGAUAUUGGCAGCCCCCCGGAUUCAUUCUGCGGUAGCAGUUUCCGAAAGAAAUCUGUCACAGAGUUGCAUUUCCCAGUUGCAAAGGCUUCAUGAGCUUCCUUUCUGAUUGUUGGUGUGUUUUCUUCUCGAUUGUUUCCUUCUAGUUGUAAAUAAAUAAGUUUGACGCUUAUCUGAGUUGUGGGAGUUGUUAUAGAGUUGUUGGCAUUUUUGUACUUAAAAAAACUUAUUAACUUUUGACCUGUUGAAUGGACGGAUGACUUUUUGCA